CCUGAACCUUAAACUGUACAGUUCUGCUCUUUUCCCACGCACUUUCCUCCUACAGCACCUUUUCGCUCUCGGUAUCAUCUUUCACAAGUCGAAAUGGAAAACGACCAGGGUGCUCUCGUUGAUCUCUACGUUCCCCGCAAAUGCGCGGCUACCAACCGUCUCAUCACCUCCAAGGAUCAUGCAUCCGUUCAAAUCAACAUUGCCGAUGUUGAUGCCAAUGGUCGCGCCUUGAGCACAUCUACGACGUUCGCCUUGUGCGGACAGGUGCGGUCGCAGGGAGAGAGCGACGACUCUUUGAAUAGGCUGGCGACUCAAGCAGGCCUGCUCAAAAACGUCUGGACUUACCAAAAGUGAUUCAUCGUCGUUCUGUAUACUUGAGAUUCCUUGUCUGUUAUCUACCACGUCGAAUCACAUACAUAACAGCAUUUUCCUUGUGUGAUUAUAAGCCUUAAUUUUUGGGUUUUAUUUUUGCAAUUAUCAGCCACGUGGCCGGUGGCGAUGACGUACCCCA